AUGGCAGAAGAUAUGAUAGGCGAUCACCUGAUCCAUCGGCGGAAGAAGAAGCUUUGUACUAGUACGUACUGUAGUACUACUACGGGGGUUAUCUUCUUCUUCUUCGUCCGCUUCUUCUUCGUCCUUCUUGUCAGCGCCGCUGUCUUUGGCUACUGCUUGUUUGUGCUGUGGGAAUCCAAUUGCGACUUCAGCUUCAAUUUCAGCUUCAGCUUUUCGGAUACGAAGAUGCAGCAACAGCAGCAGCUUUUCAGCCGGAUCUUGCUCGCCAUCGCGAGCGCGGUCUUGUUGGGAGAUGUGGAGGGAUCAGCCGAAGCGAGCUUGUUGUCGUACCCGGCUCAUCAUCAGAGUAACUUGAACCACACGUGCCAGCUGCCCAAUGCUGGGCAUCCCAACGUGUUGGAUUCCUGCUGCACGGAAACCGAGGGCGGCUUGGUUCUCCAGACCCAGUUCUGGAAUACCUACACCGGGCUCGAAUCCGCGGGUCAGGUGCUGCCGGUAGAAACAUGGACGAUGCAUGGGCUCUGGCCGGAUUUCUGCAACGGGUCUUAUACGCAGUACUGCGAUCUCAGCCGUCAGUACGACCCGCUCCCCUCCCCCAACACCACGACCGGCAAGCCAGACGGCACCCCCGUCGUCCCCUACCACGGCCCUAGCAUCGCCACGUUCCUCGAGCCCUUCGGCAAGUUCGACCUCCUGGCCUUCAUGCGCCAAUUCUGGGUCGGCCAGGGCCAACCCAGCGCCGACCUUUGGGCCCACGAGUUCUCCAAGCACGCCACCUGCUUCUCGACCUUCGCCCUGCCCUGCUACGGCCCCAUGUACCAGGAGCACGCCGAGGUGGUCGAUUACUUCCAGACGGCCGUCGCCUACUACCGAAACCUGCCUACCUACUUCUGGUUGUCCGCGAAGGAGAUCAGGCCGAGCAACAGCACCAGGUACAGCUUGACGGACUUGCAAGAGGCGUUGACCGAGGGUUUUGGAGCCCUGCCGUAUAUUGCGUGUUCGGGCCCAAGAUACAAUGCCACGGCUGCGGGCAAGGGGACGACGGAUAAUGGGUACACAGUGGUGAGCGAGGUGUGGUACUAUUACCAUGUCUACGGACGGGUGCAAGAGAAUCAGGGGGUGCCAGUGAAUGCGAGUAUCAACGGGGGGAGUGUAAGUAGUUGUGCAAAGACAAAGGGGGCGUUGAGCUACUACUUGAGGACAAACGGGAGCGAAGCCUAG